AUGUCGUUACUCUCAUUAUCACGUUCAUUUCCACCUUUGCGAUCAAGGCACGCUACAUAUAAGAUCAAGCGAUGUUUAUCCUCAGUACCUCCAGUCGACCUUGCACAUGAAAUCUACUCAUUCAAUUCACAUUCUUCCAAAGGGCCGCUUCUAAUCGCACAUGGACUAUUUGGGUCCAAGCGCAACUGGACAACUUUAGGAAAGACGUUCGCGAAACGACUACAGCGGCCUGUGAUCCCUCUGGACUUAAGAAACUUUGGUGAAUCUCCUCAAAGAGAUGUUAUGGAUUACAACACCCAAGCUUCCGACAUCUUACAUUUCUGUGACAAGCAUUCUCUAAAGAACGUGUCCAUCCUGGGUCACUCUAUGGGAGGCAAAGCAGCAAUGACCCUUGCACUCCGUCCAGACCUCCCAAAGUGUCUAAUCUCUCACCUCAUCGUAGCAGACAUUUCUCCUCUUAAAGGCAAGCUCUCAGUCGAGUUCCGUAGAUACCUCGACGGCAUGAUCAACCUCGAGAAAAACGGAAACAUAAAAACCAAAAAAGAAGCUUUUGAAGCUCUUCACGAGGUCGAGCCGGACGCAUUAAUCCGACAUUUUCUCCUCACAAACCUGGACGCAACAUACCAUGGACAUCCCGUCAAAUUCCGUAUCCCACUAGAAACGAUCAAAGCUAGCCUAGACGACCUCGGUGACUUCCCCUACAAACCUGGGGAAGCAAGCUGGGAUGGUCCAACUCUGUUUUUGAAAGGUUCGAAAAGCAACUACAUAAAAGAAAAGAAUAUAGACAAGCUGAAGCAGUUCUUCCCCAACAUGGAGUUAGAGACGCUCGAUGCUGGACAUUGGGUCCACUAUGAGCAGUAA